GGGACAGCGCGCGGGCGGCCGAGCAUGCUGCAGGGUGGCCGCGCCGGCGCCACUCACUCGUGACCGCAGCGCCGCGCCUGAGGCUGCCGAGGCUGCGGGCCCGGCGCGCAGCCUCUGCUCCGCGCACGCGCACGGCGGCGCCUCCCGGUGCUGACAGCGCGAGACAGCGCGGCCCCGCAGGAGCAGGACGAAUGUAUGACAACAUGUCCACAAUGGUGUACAUAAAGGAAGACAAGUUGGAGAAGCUUACACAGGAUGAAAUUAUUUCCAAGACAAAGCAAGUGAUUCAGGGCCUGGAAGCUCUGAAGAAUGAACACAAUUCCAUUUUGCAGAGUUUACUGGAGACACUGAAGUGUUUGAAGAAAGAUGAUGAAAGCAACCUGGUGGAGGAGAAAUCGAACAUGAUCCGGAAGUCCCUGGAGAUGUUGGAGCUUGGCCUGAGCGAGGCACAGGUUAUGAUGGCUUUGUCCAAUCACCUGAAUGCCGUGGAGUCCGAGAAACAGAAGCUGCGUGCGCAGGUGCGUCGCCUGUGCCAGGAGAAUCAGUGGCUGCGGGACGAACUGGCCAACACUCAGCAGAAAUUGCAGAAGAGCGAGCAGUCUGUGGCUCAGCUGGAGGAAGAAAAGAAGCAUCUGGAAUUUAUGAAUCAGCUCAAAAAAUACGAUGACGACAUUUCCCCAUCUGAGGACAAGGACACGGAUUCUACCAAAGAGCCUCUGGAUGACCUUUUCCCCAAUGACGAAGACGACCCAGGACAAGGCAUCCAGCAGCAGCACAGCAGCGCGGCCGCCGCCGCCCAGCAGGGUGGCUACGAGAUCCCCGCGCGGCUGCGCACGCUGCACAACCUGGUGAUCCAGUACGCCUCCCAGGGGCGCUACGAGGUGGCCGUGCCCCUCUGCAAGCAGGCGCUGGAGGAUCUGGAGAAGACGUCGGGACACGACCACCCAGACGUGGCCACCAUGCUCAACAUCCUGGCCUUGGUGUACAGGGAUCAAAACAAAUACAAGGACGCAGCCAACCUACUGAAUGACGCCUUGGCCAUCCGUGAGAAGACGCUGGGCAAAGACCAUCCUGCGGUGGCGGCCACUCUGAAUAACCUUGCGGUCCUCUAUGGCAAGCGAGGGAAGUACAAGGAAGCCGAGCCCUUGUGCAAGCGAGCCCUGGAGAUCAGAGAAAAGGUGUUGGGAAAGGAUCACCCCGAUGUUGCUAAGCAGUUAAAUAACUUGGCCUUGCUGUGCCAGAACCAGGGCAAGUAUGAGGAAGUGGAGUACUAUUAUCAAAGAGCCCUCGACAUCUACCAGACGAAACUGGGGCCCGAUGACCCCAAUGUGGCCAAGACCAAAAAUAACCUGGCAUCCUGCUAUCUGAAACAAGGAAAGUUCAAGCAAGCAGAAACACUGUACAAAGAAAUUCUCACUCGUGCACAUGAAAGGGAGUUUGGUUCUGUAGAUGAUGAAAAUAAACCCAUUUGGAUGCAUGCUGAAGAAAGAGAAGAAUGCAAAGGAAAGCAGAAGGACGGGACAUCUUUUGGAGAGUAUGGCGGCUGGUACAAAGCCUGCAAGGUUGAUAGUCCCACUGUCACGACUACUCUGAAGAACCUGGGGGCGCUCUACAGACGGCAGGGCAAAUUCGAGGCUGCAGAGACGUUGGAAGAAGCUGCCAUGAGGUCGCGCAAACAGGGUCUUGACAAUGCUCACAAACAGAGAGUGGCCGAGGUGCUGAACGACCCUGAGAACACGGAGAAGCGGAGGAGCCGCGAGAGCCUCAACGUGGACGUGGUCAAGUACGAGAGCGGCCCUGACGGAGGGGAGGAAGUGAGUAUGAGCGUAGAGUGGAACGGGGAUGGCACUGGAUCUUUAAAACGCAGUGGUUCCUUUAGCAAACUCCGGGCUUCCAUUAGACGCAGCAGUGAGAAGCUGGUUAGGAAGCUGAAGGGAGGAAGUUCACGGGAGAGUGAGCCGAGGAACCCUGGCAUGAAGCGCGCCAGCUCUCUGAAUGUUCUUAACGUGGGUGGCAAGGCCGCUGAGGACCGUUUCCAAGAACGAAAUAAUUGUCUGGCAGACUCGAGAGCUCUGAGUGCCAGCCACACUGACCUGGCCCAGUGAGGGCCGGGCAGAGUAGGUGACCCUGAGUCUGACGGAGCAUGAGGCCCUCCCAGCUCGGCCGCGCCCUCCCGCUGUGCCCGCAGGUGUCAGGCUCACCUUCCGUGGGCAGGGCUUCCUUUUCUAGAUAGUGAUGUCCACCCACCUCCUUUUAGAAAGACCCAGGGCCCCUGUGCCCCAGAGUUCUGUGAGUGCCCGAGAGCCGAGGCCUGUGUGACCCGGCAGGGCGCAGCCCGGGGAGGCAGAUGUGGCGCUGGCAGUGGCUUCAGCACGUUUGGACUCGGCCUCUGCUCACGGACAUUGUUGUACCUUCUGCCUGCCGCCUUUUUGCCGUGACGCCAAACUCUGUUUUAAAUUUUGAGAUUGUAAUGAGGCUGUACAUUAAGAAUCUGAAACUUAAAAGUGCAUCUUUUUCAAAUGAUAAGCAUUAGUGAUCUGACCUGCUGCAGUAGCAAAGCCUGAAGUUUAGGGGCCAGUGGUUAUAAGAAAUGAGAAAAUGAGUCACUUCCUCCAGGGCUUCACUUCUUCUGGGUCUGUUUCUGAAGUCACAGCGUCUGUGGCCUUGGACGCUCGCUGGGUGUGUGGCUCUCUGGGAGCAUCUGGGGUCCCACUCCCACCUCUUCUCAGCAGGUUUUCUCUCUCCUGGUGGCCCCUGGUAUACCAAACACAUGGAGAUAUAUGUUUGAUUUUUAAAAGCUUAUUCUUUAUAGAGUUAAGUACACGGGGUGGAUUUUGACAGGAACGUGACAAUCCACCCGAAGGCCUCGUUUCUGUAAGGCCUGGUAGUCUGUAAGACCAGCCAGCCUGUGAGUCAGGGAGAGCAAACAGAUGACCAGCUCGUUGCAGAUGAGAGCAACCCUCGGAGACUGCGCGCAGCUGGAACACUGAGACGCAUCCUCUGGGCUCGAAGGGAGAAUCUGACGUCCUGGCCAGUGAUCGGUCUGAAACGCUGAGCGUCCGUCAACUGGCAGGUGUUCACUUUGCCUUCACAGCACAGGUGGUGGCACAGGGAAGGCGCCUCUUUCCGUUUGCUCCCAGCUUCUCACACGUCGGGCAAGAGGGGUGGGAGCUCCCCGAGGGGCAUGUGGCCUGGGGGCUGCCCCUGCACGGCCCCCAGCCAAGUGUGGACAUGGGGCUGACACUGGAAUUAGCAGCCCGGGGUUUUGUUACAUGGCUAGACCUUAAAAUAUCCUUAAAAGUUCUAUGUCAUUUAAUAUUAUCCCCUGUGACAAACUGCUGUUCGUGUAAAGAUGUUUGUUGCUGGCGAGUGCUUGGCAUUAAGGCUGCCCCGUCGGCCUGACACUGUCCCCGAGUUGGUCACCUUUGGCCAUGGCUCUGUUUCUGAGGCUCUUGACUUCCAUUUUUGCAGCUUCUGAUAGAUGAGGAAUUUAUUUUCUUAAUGCGCUCUAGAGGUGUUUAGAAAAAUUUUGUGGCUUGUGAGAAGCCGCCCAAAACAAGAGAAGAGGGUAGAGCUGUGUCCCCUCACUGAUACUGUGGCUCCUAAAGACCACAGCGUAGGAGCGUUGUGGGUGCCUUGUGACAGUUGGGAGGGCCGAGGGGCUCCCUUCCCCAGCCCCCAAGAAGUCUCUUCUCCAGGCGAGAGCUGAGGCAGUCUUUGAAACCAGACCGUUUCCAUUAGCGACAGUUCUCUCUGGGAGACAAAGGGCGUUUAGAAAGAACAAACAUGGGCUGAAUGCAG